AUUAGUGUUGCGAGUCGGCCCUGGUAUUACAGGUAAUUGUCCCGUGUUUCCAGACUGCACAAGAAGGACGUGGUUCAACCUAGAGGUUACAUAGUAUAAAAUGGAUGAAGUGAUCAGUGUUUUUGUACCUGGAUAUAAAGAUCAAAUAUUUCACUCACUUCAUCAGUUACAGCAAAGGGGAGUUAACUGUGAUGUUACACUCCAGGCAAGUGAUGGCACUGCAAAUAUACACAGCAUUAUCUUAGCAGCCAACAACGAAAAACAUAUCUACAGCAAGAUAUCACAAACAAAUGAAAAACUCAAAAUAGACUGUACAAAAUUCAGAAUUCAUGUGAUUGAAGCUGUGGUGAUAUUUUUAUACUCUGGAGAAUUAGUUAUUGAGGAGAGAUUUUAUGAUGAUCUUGUGAAACUUUGUGAAGAUUUAAAUUUAAGCUCUGCAUAUGACACACUUAAACAGCAAUGUCCUGUUACAGAACGACAUGUAAUUCCAAAUAAUAAAUGUGAUGGCAGUUUCAAAGAGGUAACACAUAUUAAAAAAGAGCCAUGUUCUCCUUCUGAUCUUAGUUAUGGAUCUUUUCAAAGCACCAAUACAAUUCCUGAGGUAGGAAAUGCUGAUGUUCCAACUACACAAACCAAAAAAGUUUGUGGAAAGGACAAUCUUUAUCCAAAGAUGACCAACAUUAAAAAUGAUCAGGGAACCAGUAGUGAUGAAAAUGACAUGGAAACCAGUUCAUUUGAAAACGACAGUAUCAGUGCAAUACCCAGGGGAAAUGAUACUAUUCAAGCAGCACAAGUAAAAACAGUCAGUGAAGGGAACAAUUUGUUUCUGAAGGUAACUGAUAUUGAAAAUGAUCAGGGAACCAGUAGUGAUGAAAAUGAUAUGGAAACCAGUUCAUUUGAAAAUGAUAGUACUAGCAACUCAGGACCCUCUAGUUCUUCUCCUGGUGGACAUUUUUUAAAUCAUAUUGAAAAAAUUGUUAGGCAAUAUGUUUACAAUGAAGAAACAAAUCAAAAAGAAGAGGUAUGCACAAAAAAAUCUGACAAUGGUUCAAAAAAGAACUCUAUAAAAGGCCAAAAUAAAAAGACUUCAGUGAAGAAUGGUACUAAGAGAUCUUUAGGUUUAGUAAGUUCAGAUAUCGAUGAAAAAACAACAGCGAAGAAGAAGAAAAGGACGUCGACAAGGAAUUUGAGAAAGGAAAAGGAUGUGAUCAACAAAAACCAACGUGAUGUAAAUGAUGACAGUAAUGACAGGACUAAAGAUCUGGAAUCUGAUAUCACAGAAGAUUCAUUAACGCCUAAACCUUCAUGGAGAAAGUGUGUCAAGUGUAACUUAGUUUAUCCUACAUUUGCAGAAUGGGCAGAUCAUAUGAGGAAUCUUCACAAGCCCUAUCCCUGUGAACUGUGUGAUUAUAUUGGUGUAGAGCCAUGUCUGUACGCUUCUCACAUGUACAGUCAACAUAGAGUUGUUAUUGACCCAAAAAGAUAUCCAUUGGUUCAAUGUAAUGUCCAGGGAUGCACAUAUAAAAGUUUAAGUAGAAAUAUGAAGGAUCAUAUGAGAUGUCAUAAGUAUAAAAAAGAGAAGUUAGUAUGUCAUGUUUGUGGUAUGGAGUUUACAUCAGAAGGAGGCUUACGAUCUCAUUCCUCUUUUCAUAAAGAAGAAGAAAUGAAGUUUAAAUGUAAAGAAUGCGAUAAAGUGUUUGGAUGGAAACAUGAACUUAGGAAACACUUGGCUGCUGAACACAAGAAUUUUAAUCUUUGUCACUUGUGUUCAUUCAAGUCAAAGAAUAAAACAUCACUGAUUGUACACCUACAUAAUAGACAUAAGGAACCAAUUCCAGAGAAUAUGAAAACAUUUAAGUGUGACACAUGUGAUUUUUAUUGUUUUUAUCCAAGUUAUUUAAAGACACACCAACAAGAAAAUCAUUCAGAUACCUUAGAUUUCCAGUGCAAUAUUUGUCCUAAAAAGUUUAAAACCAAGAAAAGUUUAAGAGGUCACUAUAACAAUACCCAUGGAUCAAACUUUUAUAAAUGUGACAAGUGUAGUUACACAACAAGAUCACAGACGACACUACAAGUCCAUCAACAGAGUACACAUUCUGAGGCACGGCCAUAUGCUUGUCAUCUGUGUGAGUACAGUUGUAAAUUAAAAGGAAAUUUGAACAGUCAUUUGAAGAAUAUGCACAAAUUAGAAAUAGUCUCCAUUAAUAAACUACAUGAAAAGGUUGUAAAAUCAGGUACAGGCUUUGAUGAAUAUAUGGAGGCUAGAAGAAAACUUUAUGAACCAGGUGUGAACCCAGCAGACUUGAUAGUAACAAGACCAAUAGAAGAGAGCUGUGGUGUUCCAGCCCCAGAGGAUAAUACAGAAGAAGAGUACCAAGAUUUAACUGAAUAGUUUUAGAAAAUGUAAUUUACAUUUACCAUAAACUCAUAAAUUUGAGGUUUACAUGUUCUAGAAAGCAACAAAAGGAACUAUUUUAUGAGCUCACCUGGCUCUAAGUGCCAGGUGAGCUAUUGUCAUAACUUGGUGUCUGUCAUUGUCGUUUGUCUUUGUCGCUGAAAAAAACCUUAAAAAUUUUCUUUGAAUCUACCAGACUAAUUUCAAUUAAACUUGGGCUGACUGAUCCUUAGGGUACCUUGUUUAAAGUUUGUGUUCUUUAUUCCUGUCUAUUAACAAACAUGGCUGCCAUGGUUAAAAGUAGAACAUGAGGGAAAUGACCCAAACCAUUCAAUGAAUCCUUAUGGAGUAAUUGCGCUUAAAUGACCACUUAAAGAAUCAGCAAAACAAGAUCUAAAAAAAAUCAAAAUGACUCUGUGGAAGAGUUAUUUCCCUUAUAAGACAAUUUAUUGACUAAAUUGCUUAUUUUUAACUAAGAUCUUAAAAACUGUUGUAGCUAAAUAAAAACUGUAAACAGCAAAAAUGAUCAGCAGUACCAGAUCUACAAAAAUGGCAAAUGACCAAAACCAUUUUAUAAUUCCCUAUACAAGUUAUUGCCCUUAAAUGAAGUUUUUUUUUAUUAAUUUUCUUGUUUUUGAUUACACUAGAUAGAUAAAAACUGUAAACAGGAAAAUUGAUAAGUAAUACAAUAUCUACAAAAUUGCCAAAAUGACUGAAACAAUUGAAUGACUCCUUAAGGAGUUAUUGCACUUGACAAAUUUUUGUGCUUUUGUUUAUUACCUUUAUAAUUAUAAUAUAUACAGUGAUAUAUAUAGAAACUGGUAUUCGUGAUCUGAAAUACAAGAUCUACAAAAUUGCUGAUAUGACCAACACCAUUGGUUGACUCGUCAAGGAGUUAUUGCCCUAACAUCCUAAUGUUUGACCAAUUUAUGUGUUUGUCAGUUAUCUCGAAAACAGUAAAAGAUGUGAAAAAUUUGUAGAUCUACAAAGAUGACAAUAUGACUAGACCAUUGGAUGAUUCCUUAUAAGAGUUAUUGCACUUAAAUGACGAUUUUUUUACUUAUUUUCUUGUUUUGAAAUACCAUUAAUAAAUAGAAACUGUAAACAGGAAAAAUGAUCAGCAAUACAAGAUCUACAAAAUUGCCAAAAUGACCGUAACUAUUGAUUAACUUCUUAAGAAGUUAUUGCACUUGACAAAUUUUUGUCUUUUUGUUUAUUACCUUUAAAAUUAUAAUAUAUAUAUAGAAACUGGUAUUCGUGAUCUGAAAUACAAGAUCUACAAAAUUGCUGAUAUGACCAACACCAUUGGUUGACUCGUCAAAGAGUUAUUGCCCUAACAUCCUAAUGUUUGACCAAUUUAUGUGUUUGUCAGUUAUCUCGAAAACAGUAAAAGAUGUGAAAAAUUUGUAGAUCUACAAAGAUGACAAUAUGACUAGACCAUUGGAUGAUUCCUUAUAAGAGUUAUUGCACUGAAAUGACGAUUUUUUAACUUAUUUUCUUGUUUUGGAAUACAUUUAAUAAAUAGAAGCGGUAAACAGGAAAAGUGAUCAGCAAUACAUGAUCUACAAAUAUGUCAAAAUGACCGAAAUUAUUGUAUGACCCUUUAAGGAGUUAUUGGACUAAAUAGACAAUUUUUUCCUAAUUUUUGUGUUCUUGAUAAUUUUCUUGAAAACUACUAAGUAUAAUAGAAAAGUAGAACAAAUAAAUCAUCAAUACAAGAUCUACACAAAUGCUAAUAUUAAAUAAGAUCUACACAAAUGCUAAUAUUAAAUAAGAUCUACACAAAUGCUAAUAUUAAAUAAGAUCUACACAAAUGCUAAUAUUAAAUAAGAUCUACACAAAUGCUAAUAUUAAAUAAGAUCUACACAAAUGCUAAUAUUAAAUAAGAUCUACACAAAUGCUAAUAUUAAAUAAGAUCUAAAUGCUAAUAUUAAAUAAGAUCUACACAAAUGCUAAUAUUAAAUAAGAUCUACACAAAUGCUAAUAUUAAAUAAGAUCUACACAAAUGCUAAUAUUAAAUAAGAUCUACAAAUAGCUAAUCUUACCUGAUUGCAAUAAAGGUAGAAAUCAAUUUCAAAAUAGCAUAUUUUUAAUAGGUGAUCCAUUCAGUCUCUUAGGAGCCUCUUGUUUGUUAAAUUAUAUAAUGUUACCGAAAAACAGAUUUGGAUCAAGUUAUUUGGCAAUAAAUCAGUAAUCCAAUUACAAAAUAGGACAACUGAAGACAUAUGGACAAAUUAAUGCCAAAUAUCCAGCUCUAAAUCAUAUCUUGUUGAAAGAAAGGAAUGACAUCAAAUUUUUGUUGUUGUUGUUGUUGAUAAGAAUUGAUCUGAAAAAAACUGUGCCAAACUAAAAUGAUCUUAUCUUAUGUCAGUUUUAGCCAGAACGUUGCCUCAGCUGAGGUACACAUACUGCUUUUAUAAAAUCAGGAAUGUUUUCAAUCUGACAUAUUUUUGAAAAACUUUACUCUUUUUAUUUGUCCUUUUAUAUGUGUUCUCCUUGUGAAUAUCUGUUUAACAUGUCUCUUCAGCCUAGAUGAGUAUAUUAAAGUAUGCUGAAUCAAG